ACCGCAACAGUCUCCCAGCUGCAGUAGUCGAAGUUGUAGCGAAGUCUUGGAGCACCGAGUUCCAGAAGUCCUACUAGUCGCUACCUACUAGCCCAACUCCAAGUUACCCAUUCAGUGCAAGAUGCGCCUGUUCGUGAUCGGCCUGCUGGCCCUUGGCUCCGUUGGAGCUUUCUCCGUGGUGCGAACCCUUCCGCAGCCGCAUCCCCAACUGGUGGCCUACUCCCCGGCCAGAGGAGAGUUCCCGGUGGUGAGUGGUCUGGCCCAGGGCUAUGUGCGCUACUUUGACGGAACGGGAGCCGAGCGCUUGCUGGCAUACAACUAUCCGGAACCCCUCAACGGAAUUCGCGACUUGGCCACCUCCACUUUGACCCGUGCUGGAUUCGAGAACGAGAGCCAGGACAUCGCUCUGUUCCGGGCAUGGUGUGAGCAGCGCUAUCAGGUCUUGCGCCAGGAGCUGGAUCGUUUAAGGGCCCAGGGACAGAAGCCGUCCUCCAGCAUGCUAGCCCAGUUCGAGCCCUUGGAACAGAUUGUGAAGUUCGCCGCCUUUGAAGCCGUUCCCGGACUGAGUCCGGAAGUCCAAAAGGCUCGGGAUGAACAGCUGCGGAUCUGGAACGAGGCCAGGUUGGAGGUACUGCGUGCUGAGCAGGCUCAGCAGCUGCAAACAAAGGCCCAGGAGAUUCCCGUGAUCUACGGCCAGCCGGAGCAGUCGAUCCUGAUUAAGACCUCCAAACCACAGGUGGCGAAGCCCAUUGAGACUCCUCAGACCCACUCCUACGGACAGUUCACCGCCAGCCAGGGCAACGUACUGAUCAAGACGGCACCACAGCCGGCCCUACAACCUGUCGAGGAGACGCUGGAGGUGAAACUGGCUCGCCAGGAGCACCUCAAGCAGUUUAAUGCGGCCUUGCUGCGCCAACCGGCUCCGGAAACCCCAAUCGUAAAGACGAUCCCGACGACUCAAACGCUGCUCAUCAAGACGCAAACUGGUACCUUUGAGGGUCAGCAAGCUCCGCAACCCAUUGAGGAAACCCCCGAAGUUAAGCGCGCUCGUGAGGAGCAUCUUAAGCAGUUCAACGAGGCCCUGCUCCGACAGCCUGCCCCUGAAACCCCGAUUCUAAAGACCGUUCCUGGAAUUCAGCAGCCGCAAGCCUUACAGCCACAGCCACAGCCAAUUAUCAACACAAGAACCACCUUUGAAAAUCAGCCGAUUACCCAACCUCUAGCCAUCUUCAAGACCAGCUCCUUCGAGGGUCAGCAGACUCCCCAACCAAUUGAAGAAACACCAGAAGUCAAGAAAGCCCGCGAGGAGCACCUUAAGCAGUUCAACGAAGCGUUGCUGCGUCAGCCCACGACUCCCGAGGAGCCCCUCCUGAAGAUCACUCCAACCCGCUCCCAGGCCAUUUCCUUUGAAGGUCAGCUGGCCCCGCAGCCCGUUGAGGAAACUCCUGAAGUGAAGCGGGCUCGGGAGGAGCACCUGAAGCAGUUCAACGAAGCCAUCCUGCGUCAGCCCAUCGACAUUCAGCAGCAGCCACUGAUCCCCACCGCUCCCAUUGCUCCGUUUGCUCCCCAGGCCAUCGUUAAGACCACUUUUAUCCAGGUGCCAGGACCCCAGCCCAUCCAGGACACUCCUGAAGUCAAGCUGGCUCGCGAACAGCAUCUGCUGCUUCUGAACCAGGCCAAGUUACAGGCCGAAGACAAGGUGGCCGACAUUUCUGACAUGAUCCUCCUGGAGGAGCGAGAGCGCGAGAACGAGCGUCUGCUGGAGCUGGAGCAGCGCAAGCGGGAGGAAAAGGAGGCCGAGCUGGAGCGCCAAAUGGAAGCGGAUCGUCUGCGCGAGGAAACCCGUCUGCUGGAGGCUGAGCGUCUCAAGAUCGAGCAGGAGGAUCGCCUUCGACUGGAGAGCGAACGUCUAGCCGAGAAGCAGGAAAUCACCACUACCUAUGAGAAGGGCAUCCCGGAAUACCUUCGCAAGGCUGAGCAGUUCAAAAUUAUUUCCAGCCAGGCACAGGCACAGCCUCAGCCGCAGUCUCAGCCCAACAUCGUGACCCAGCAGCAGCAGGUGCAGAACGGCUUCUUCCUCCGCAUUCAGACCAACCAGCCCAGUAGCAUCGAGACGGGGGAAGCACCCAUCAGCAGCCCGGCUUUAGUGUUCGCCGAGAAGACUCCCAAUCCCUUCCUGGUCCGCUACACCUCUGAGCCACAGGUGCUGCAGCCUCUGCCCUUCCCCAUUCUCGCCAAACUGAACCAGGAGGUGUCCACCGCCUCUGCUACCGCCACCACCACCAGCAGCAGCUCGUCUUCAGACAGCGAACUGGAAAAGGCCACUAGGGAGCAUUUCCGAGCCCACGAGAUCGCCCUGGAACAGCUGCGUCUGGCCAACCUGAAGAACCCGUGGAACCCCGAGCCCUGCCAGCAUUAAGGAAUCCCCUGCCGAAAAAUCCCAAUUCGAAUCACUUGCAUUGCCUUAGGUUAGAGCAACACUCACAAUCACAAUCACACUCAUAAUCGCACUCAGUGUCACACCCAUUCAAGUCACUCAAGCACCCACUCAUACGCAUACUCGUACACCUGUGUAGAUUAAGCGAUUCAGUCCGAAUCUCCGAUUCAAAAUGCAUUCAGUUGAGAAACAACGCAAAAAAAAAAAAAACAAAAAACCGUGCUGCAGCGGCAAAUUGAGUUAUUGGUAGGAGGUAGGGGGUAGAUGAAGGGGUGGGUGCCACCAAGGGGGUGGAACAAAGGAAAUGGCUUUCUUGACUUUACAGCAGUGGUGGGCAAAACGCACACAUUUAUAACAUUUGAUUGUGUGCGUAAGCAGCGAAAAACAAAGAGAGCAACCCAUUCACUGAGCGAAAAACUUUGUGUACUAAUUCGUUCAUCGGUAAUUUUGUAAAUAUUGCACAAAAUAAGGUACUUUUUGUAUUUUUCAGACUUGUAUAAUGAAUUUACACAAUUAUAAUAAUAAAAUAUGAAAAUAUAAUACAAAAAUAAAAGAAAAAAUACGAACUAUAAUAAAAUUAAUAAAGAUAAUAAAAAAAAAUAAUAAUAGGAAUAUAAAAGAAAAUAUAAAACGAAUAAUAAAAAAUUAAAAUAUAUAUAUCCAUAUUUUCUAUAAAGAAAAAUUUUUCUUCCCAAAUUUCAAGAAACAUUUUUCUCAGUGAUUUUUUUGUCGCAAUGGUCGUGCUCCAGUGAGGUCCGAUCAUCGAAUAAAUUCAUUUUCAUUGGUAGAACAGAAUAUUUUUGGCGCUCAAAUGAAAUGAAAUGAGAGAAAAAUGCCAACUUUGGCCCUCUCACGAAAGCUAAUGAGAGUGCUUCGGAGAGGAGCGAGCUCGCUCAUACUGUGCGUGUGCCGGCAGCGCUGCAGCAGAAUUUUUGGCCCUAUGCUCGCGAGUUAUGGGAA